GGACGGUUACAGCAUCAAGUGAGAUCGGAGCAAACCCCGAAUUAAACCUCCUGCGGCUGAUAGUUCCGCAGAAACAACCCCUACCAUUGCCACCGCAGUGGACCUGCCCUAGCGAUGGUACUCUGUAUCAAUCGCGCGAUAUCAGUAACGGCUGUUUUCGUGGUUGCGGCUUGUCCAAGCCUCAGCAGAUAUCCAUUGGUGGCUUCGCAUCUCAAGCUGAUUUUUAUAUCACCCAGCAGUAGGCACACACGUCAGACGGCAGCCGUGUAGCCGUCCGAGAACUGCCCCAGCAAGCAUACGGAUGCUUAUGGCGGCCAAUAACGGUAUCUGUAAGCAAGAAUGGAGUCGUGGAGCGGUACUAGAUUCGCCAGAGGUGGGUUUCAUGAGGGUGAGCUCUGACCUCGCAUCCCGUGGCAAACAGCCAACCCGCCUGUAUACAGC